AUGUCAGCGACAGCCGCUGGUUGCAGAAGGGCAAGGACACCCCCGAGAUGCCGCACGGCGGCCGCGCGUGGCACUCCACCACCUGCGUCGACUCCAACCUCUUCGUGUUCGGCGGAGAGAAGGAAAUCAAGGGCGAGCGCACGCAGACUAACGACGUCCUCAUGUACGACACCACCUACUUCACGUGGUACCCGCCCGCGCUAUCCGGCAACACGCCGUCCGCACGGGGCGGGCAUUGCGCCGCCUUGCUCCCGGGCACGAACAGCAUCGUCAUCUACGGGGGGAUCAACGGCAACAAGUGGCUCAACGACCUGCACCUCCUCCAGGACCUGGCCAUGUGGUCCAAAGUGCGCACGACGGCCAAGUCGGCGCGCCCCUCCGCGCGCUCGUACGCCAGUCUCACGCCGGCCGCCGGCUUUCUCGUCCUGUUUGGCGGCAACAACAAGACUAAGAGCUUCAACGACGUGCACCUGCUCAAGCCGGCCGACCUGUUAUGGUCCGAGCCGGUGA